AUGAAGACCCCUCACAAAAAAGCAGCUGCAAGAGAGAAAACGAGAGAAGCUGUUGCUCACCACCAUAUUGGCUCCACAAACAUCAAGAAGAAAAAAGCUGCUCAGAAGAGGCAGAGGAGCAGACCUUCAUCCCGGUCUCGAAGAAACAUCGUGGGCUGCAGAAUUUCUCACGGGUGGAAGGAAGGAGAUGAGCCCAUCAUCCAGUGGAAAGGAACUGUUCUGGAUCAGGUACCUAUAAACCCCUCUCUCUAUCUGGUGAAAUACGAUGGAAUAGACUCUGUCUAUGGACUGGAACUUCACAGAGAUGAGAGGAUUUUAAAGUUUAAAAUCCUUCCUGAUAAGGUGUCGUUUUCUCGAGUCAGCGAUGUGCGCCUUGCUGAUAGCAUAAUUGGCAAAGGAGUGGAACACAUAUUUGAGGGUGAGCAUGGUUCUAAGGAUAAAUGGAGGGGGAUGGUUCUGGACCAAGCGCCUAUCAUGAACGCCUGGUUUUACAUAACCUAUGAGAAAGAUCCUAUCCUGUACAUGUACCAGCUUCUGGAUGAUUAUAAAGAGGGCGACCUCCGUAUUAUGCCAGAGUCCAGUGCAUCUCCUCCAGCAGACAGGGAGCCAGAAGGAGUUGUAGAUGGCAUGAUAGGUAAACAUGUGGAAUAUACCAAAGAAGAUGGCUCCAAGAGGACAGGCAAGGUCAUUCACCAAGUUAAAGCCAAGCCCUCUGUGUACUUCAUCAAGUUUGAUGACGAUUUCCAUAUCUAUGUCUAUGAUUUAGUUAAAAAGAACUGUUAG